AAAUAUGUCCACCAACCUCAUUCAAUUCCACUCACUUCCUGCCCGUGCAACCAAAGUAGCGUCAAUAGAAACCCCCUUGUUUCCGAUCAUGCCUUCUUUCAGGCAACGGCUAUUUCUUCGCAAACAUGCCACUCGCAAAAGACUUGUUGCACCCAUCCCCUGAGGAGGAGAAGAGGAGCCACAAGAAGAAGCGUCUUGUCCAGAGCCCGAACUCCUACUUCAUGGAUGUUAAGUGCCCAGGAUGCUACAAGAUCACAACGGUGUUCAGCCACGCCCAGACUGUUGUGCUGUGUGUGGGUUGCUCCACAGUUCUGUGUCAGCCCACUGGAGGCAAAGCACGGCUCACAGAGGGGUGCUCAUUCAGGAGGAAGCAGCAUUAGUUGUACUUCUGAUGCCCCCGUAAAAAUUUAAGAGAGGGGUUGGGCAUGUUGAUUUCAGCAACUCCAGCCUCGAUACUGCACCCAAGAAAGAUUGAUCCAGAAGUGCUCAUGAUGCCUGGACACCAGAUGGGAUUACUCAUUCAAUGUGAUAGUCCACUUUGUUGCAGUAACUGAACUCUUCAACCAAUCUUUUUUAAUACAAUUGUUUUGGCUAAAGAAUGGGUGGUUUGUACUUUUUUGUUUCCUUUUCAAUAUUUGCCUAAAUUGGGUUUGAAAUGUUUUUAUCUACAUCAGUUGGGUAAUUCACAUGAAACCAGUUUAUUUUUAUACAUGUCUGUAGCAAAUUGUUACAAAACCACGAUGUGUUUGCAAAAAUCAACUAUCAUUAUGAGGACUACGGUCAACAUUUUUGGCAAAGUGUCUUAUUUUAAAUUGUACGUUCUCACCUGAAUUUGGUAUAUUUUACUUUAGAAAAACGUAAUUUCUUUGAAUAAAACUGCUGUAGUUUGUCCAUAAAUAACAAAACGAUAAACUAGUAUAAGUAUACAUUAAACGAUAAUAUUAUGUGUCUGUCAAAAUGCAUCUCACUUUGGAGUUUUUACAGGAAGUUAAGUGUGUUUUCACAUAUGAUGCAUGAUCAAGAGUAGUCCUUAGAUGAGCACAAGCACAUGAAUUUGCUUGUACGCCUUCAGAAUGAGGGUCUUAUUCUCAAACAAUCCCUUUAACCAACUUGGCCUUCUCAAUACCGAAACGGCAAGAAAAGGUCCAAUUAGGAAAGAGUGAUGUGAAUUUUAUUGUGUAAUUAAAAUUUCAAUUUGUAUUUUCA